AUGGAACGGAAGAAGGAACAGCCGGCAGUUUUAAAAAGGAAUAAAUAUCUAUCGCUUUGUCAGGAAAGGGAAAAUUUUCGUGCGCAACUUGUAAAAAUCAUAAAAAAGGAACCGUUGUGCGAAACGGGAAAAACGAAAGAUUUUAUCACCGACAAAGACAAAGAUAUCUUGCGGUAUUAUUAUUAUUUAACACACGGUAUCGAUGAUGUUUACGUGGGGUCAAUGGACCUCGAUCUUUUGGGAAAUAUCUUACGGAUGGUUCCGAUCAAGUGGCGAAACAAGUUUAAGGAAACUGUGACUCGUUUGGUGAACGAAGCGAAACAAGAGUAUGCGUUGAACGUGAAAAAAUCAAUCGUAGAGUUCGUUAUCGGUGAUUUGUCGCAAUGUUCGUUCGAUCAGGUCAGUGUGUCGAAGAGAAGCGAGAAAGUUAAAACUAUCCGACUUUCGGCCGAACAUACGGCCAGUUAUCGAUGGAAUAAAGUGAAACUGGAGAGAACGAUUAUCCUUUAUCGUCCUGCUAUCCAACGAAUCGUAGAUUAUUGGUAUCGAGAAUUCAGCGACCGAAAGCUGAUAAACGGAAAGCAAUUAAUGGCACACGGUACGUCGUACGAUCUCGACAGUUUUGGGAAAGCCAUCUUAAAGAUGUGUUAUCGAACAAGGGAGAAUCUGGCGAAACACUGGCUGCCAAAACUUGGAAAUAUCUUACUUGCGGCUUAUGAUAAAAACGAGUUGCCUUCGAUUACCGAUGCUCCGACAUUCAAAAGAUUUCUCAAUUGUAUCGGUUUUAUUAUGGAAGAGCAAUUGCGAACAAUUUGUUUGCAGUCGAUGGAGGAAUACAUCGACUAUCUGUCCAACACGAACUAUACACGUUGCGGCUUCGAUAUAAAAUUGGCGAUAAGGAAUUCUGUUAUGGUGUUCGAGCCGACGGUGAAAAGUUUUGUGCAAGUGCUGUCGAUGCUACUGAAUUCACCGCGGGAGGCAGUUGGUACAUUGCCGCGGAUCGAAACGCUAUUGGAAUGGAGGAACGCCAAAAUUCAUACUAGUCAAUUCUAUUCAUUACCACAGCCAAAUGUUUCGGUACAGUAUACGGAGCAACGAGGAAAGAAAAUCGCGCAACUAAUAGACAGAAAAAAAAUUGAACUCGAAAUACAAGUUGGAGAAUUUGAAAAAUACGCGAGUUUUAUGGACGAUACGGAAACCAAGAAGGUCGAGGAGUUUCUGAAAUCCGAGACGGAUGUAAAUUUCGAAAGUUUUCGAGUUUUAAUCCAACACUAUGAUCAGCUGUCUCGACGUAUACCGAUUGAAUUUAAUCAAACUUAUUUCGGUGAAUUUUUUAUCGUCCAUAGAGGAGGGUUCAUCGAACAUAUUGCCUUGGUGGCUCGCCGGCUCAAGGAAGAAUUAGUAGCUAGAAUGAUCAGCGAUUGUCAACGAAAAUCGCGAGCUAUAGGGGAUGCUAAUCAAAAUAUCGUGGACCGGGCUCUAAGCGUUCCAAUGAAUACGAUGGAACUGAUGGAACUUGGAGAAUUUAUACGCACCACGGAAACCGAGACUGCUUUUCAGUUGGAAGAUCGUUUAAGAGAAAUAAUUAAAUAUAUCAUUUUUCUAUCGGAUUAUUCCGUCUUGACGCCUGUCGAAUUGAAAACCAAUAACUUUGCUUUUCAAUGGUAUCACAAGCUUUCGGAAGUUUUCCAACAACACAAAGAAAUUAUUGCAAGUAAAAGCGGAGAAUAUCAGAAAAGCCUAAAAAAAAGGAUCCAACAAUUUGAACGAGAGCUCGAAACGUAUGCAAAACGUUGCGGCGAAUUGCAGUAUUGGGGUAACCUCGACGAGAUAUAUCGAUAUAAAAAGAAAGCCGAUCGUCUGGAAGAGAAACUGAUCGCCGCAAUGGACACCAUCGAUAGAUUUAACGAGGAAGAAGAGCUAUUCGGUUGGCAAGUGUCGCAGUAUCCGUUACGAAAGGUGACAGCGGACAAGUUGUCAUCGUACAAAAGAUUAUACGACGGUGCGUGCGAUUUUCUCACUAAUCACGAUACGUGGAUGAGUUCCAUGGUGGGUUCCCAUGAUCCAGAAGAUAUCGACACGAUCACAGGAACCGCUUAUCGUACCAUCUAUAGACUGGAAAGGUCUAUAGAAGAACCAGUCGCGAGAAAACUUGCCGAAACGGUCCGAACAAAGAUCGAAGAGUUUCGAGAACACAUGCCUGUGAUUACGACUCUUGGAAAUCCGUCCAUGAAGAACCGUCAUUGGGAACAAGUUUCCGAGAUCGUUGGUUUUCCCAUCAAGAUAGACGAGUCGAUGACGCUCGCCAAGAUCCUCGAUUACGGUUUGCUCGAUUACGUUUCAAAAUUCGAAGGGAUAUCCGACGCGGCGUCCAAGGAGGGCAGCUUGGAGAAGGCCCUCCUUCAAAUGCACCUCGAUUGGGCGGACAUUGCGUUCGUCGUGAAUCCUUAUCGCGACACCGGUACAUACGUGAUUGCCAGCGUCGACGACAUACAAUUACUUUUGGACGAUCAUUUGACAAAAGCCCAGACUAUGAAAAAUUCUCUCUACAUUCGACCAUUCGAGAAGGAAACGUUAGAAUGGGAGUCCAAGUUGCUGUUGCUGUUGGAUAUCAUGGACUAUUGGCUACAGGUACAAGCAACGUGGAUGUACCUAGAACCGAUAUUUUCUUCGGCUGAUAUACAGCAGCAAAUGCCGGAAGAAGGGCGACGAUUCAGCGCCGUCGACAAAAUCUGGAGAGAAAUUAUGCAGCUUGUCUCGGCGGAUCCCCGGGUUAUGAGCGUGGUUGAAAUUGACAAAAUGCUCGAUCGUUUCAAAAAAUGUACAAAUUUGCUCGAUUUAAUACAAAAAGGACUUGCUGCUUACUUGGAGAAGAAGAGACUCUUUUUCCCGCGAUUUUUCUUCCUCUCAAACGACGAACUUUUGGAAAUAUUGUCGGAAACGAAGGAUCCUACCAGGGUACAGCCGCAUUUGAAAAAAUGCUUCGAAGGUAUCGCGCGAUUGAGUUUCACAGACGAUAUGGAGAUAACGUCGAUGAAAUCGUCCGAGGACGAAGAGAUUACGCUUGAGGAUAUCGUUAAUACGGUGGCUGCUCGGGGACAGGUAGAAAAGUGGUUGCUCGAACUUGAAUCUUCUAUGAAAAAGAGCGUUAGAGCGCAGGUAAUUAAAGCCAAGGAUGCGUAUUUGGAGCAAAUUAGAUCGAAAUGGGCCCUGAUCUGGCCUGGUCAAACGAUUCUAUGCGUCAGUAAACUUUAUUGGACGGCCGACGUAACGGAUGCAUUGUCGAAAUCUUUGACCAAUUUGGAAAGCUAUAUCGGCAUCUGUACAAACGAACUGCACGAAAUAGUAAAAUUAGUUCGUGGAACGUUAUCGACGCAAAAUCGUACAACUUUAGAGGCACUAGUUACGAUGAACGUUCAUAGUCGUGACGUUGUAACAGAGUUGUUUGAACAAAGAAUUAACGAUGUCACGGAUUUUACAUGGUUGGCUCAGCUAAGAUACUAUUGGAUGGAAAACGAGAAGAAUAAUAAAGAGGAUGACAUGUGGACGACAAUAAUAAAUACUUGGUUCAAGUAUGCGUACGAGUAUCUGGGCAAUACAUCGAGACUAGUGAUAACGCCGUUGACCGACAGAUGUUAUCGGACUUUGUUCAGCGCGUUGAGUCUGCAUCUUGGCGGCGCUCCCGAGGGCCCCGCCGGCACCGGCAAGACCGAGACGACCAAGGAUUUGGCUAAAGCUGUCGCUAAACAGUGUAUCGUUUUUAAUUGCUCCGAUGGUCUCGAUUACAUUGCCCUGGGAAAAUUUUUCAUGGGAUUGGCAAGUACGGGUGCAUGGUCUUGCUUCGAUGAAUUCAAUCGUAUCGAUUUGGAAGUAUUGUCGGUGGUAGCGCAACAAAUUUUAACGAUCCAACGAGCCAUCAAUGCUGCGAAGGAAACGCUUAUAUUCGAAGGUAUCGAGAUCAAAUUAGACCCGACAUGCGCCGUGUUCAUUACGAUGAAUCCCGGAUACGCUGGCAGAACCGAACUUCCGGAUAACUUGAAGGCGCUUUUUCGACCGGUUGCUAUGAUGGUUCCGGAUUAUGCUUUGAUCGCCGAGAAUACAUUGUAUUCUUACGGCUUUUACGAUGCCCGGUCGCUUUCGGUGAAAAUCGUGACAACAUACAGGCUAUGUUCCGAACAACUCUCCAGUCAAAAUCAUUACGAUUACGGAAUGAGAGCGGUGAAAUCUGUUCUGGUGGCGGCUGGAAAUUUAAAGAUCAAGUAUCCGGAACAGAACGAGGAUAUUUUGGUAUUGCGCAGCAUCAAAGAUGUAAAUUUACCAAAAUUUCUCAGCGAAGAUAUACCUCUGUUCAACGGUAUUAUGUCGGAUCUCUUUCCGGGAGUGAAACUUCCGGAACCAGAUUAUACCGAUUUGAACGCAUGCGCUUACGAUGUCUGUUCAACGUCAAACCUGCAGUGUACCAUUCUCUUUCUCGAGAAAAUACAACAGAUGUACGAAAUGAUGAUUGUCAGACACGGAUUUAUGAUCGUCGGGCUACCGUUCGCUGGAAAGACCGCUGCCCGUAACGUUCUAGCCAAUGUUCUGAACCUUUGCGAACAGAGGAACCUGAUGAACGAGCGUAAAGUAGAAAAAUUCGUAAUCAGUCCGAAAGCCGUGACAAUGGGCCAGCUAUACGGAGAAUUCGAUGAAAUUUCGCACGAAUGGUCCGAUGGAGUUUUAGCCAUCAGUUACCGCGCGUUCGCCACUUCGACCAGCCUCGAUCGCAAAUGGUUGAUCUUCGAUGGUCCCAUUGACGCGAUAUGGAUAGAAAGCAUGAACACGGUACUCGACGAUAACAAGAAACUCUGUUUGAUGAGCGGAGAAAUUAUCCAAUUGGCGCCAUUUACCAAUUUGAUAUUCGAAACGAUGGAUUUGGAAGCAGCCUCGCCUGCCACCGUAUCCCGUUGCGGUACUAUAUACAUGGAGCCCGGAGCACUCGGCUGGGAUCCUUUGUUGAAAUCUUGGAUAGCCAACACACCGACCGCGAUAGACGAAUGGCUGAAAAACUAUCUCUAUCGAUCGCUUUUUCGACGAUUUUGCGAUCCUCUGCUCUAUUGGUUACGACACACCGACAUCCAGGUCCUU